ACCGACGAUUAUUUUAAAGGAGACAGUUGACUCACGUGCAUAUUUCACCAGCUCGACACUCUGCCGGCGAGCGGCGACCCGCCAACGGCAUCUUUCCCCUCGGAUUCAAACCAUACAACAGGCAGCUUUUACGGGGCUGAACAAAGUGAGAAGAAGCGGAGGAAGGAGGUUGAAAGGUGGAAUGUAAAACCGUGGCGGCAGCGCAGUGUUUGUUUUAGUGGCGUGGACGCUUUGCGACCAAAGUCCAUGUUUGGAUUAAGGAAGCACAUUUCCUGCUUUUUCGACGAUUCAGGUCUCUGCGGUGCUUGGGUUGCACAAGCCCACUGUUUGUGUGCGACCAUGUUUGUGUGAGCCCCCCCCCCCCCGGUGCAUGGUCAGGAGGAGAGCGUGUCGGCGGAGAUGAAGGCGGGCCGCUCCUCAUCGCUGCGGCUCCUGCUGCUCGCCUGCUGUGCGUGCGGAGCCGCCGGCUACCCGUUCAGACCGCCGCCGGACCUCGACGUGACACCGCGCGUCACCGUGUUGAGCAGCAGUCUCCAUGGCUGCAGGCGUUUCCGCUCCUCCGUCGUCAACUACAGCGCCAUGUUGCUGGAGGCUGAGGGUGAGCAGCGCCUCUACGUCGGGGCCCGCGGGGCCGUGUUUGCGCUCGACGCCUCUGACAUCUCCACCGCCUCUGCUCUCACCAUUGAGUGGGAGGCCUCUCCGGAGCAGAAACGUCAGUGUCUUCUCAAGGGAAAAGACAACAAGACGGAGUGUUUUAAUCACAUCCGCUUCCUGCAGAGGUUCAACUCCACGCAUCUUUACAUGUGCGGGACUCACGCCUUCAGUCCCAUGUGUGCAUAUAUAGAUGCUGAGAGAUUUGUGAUGUCUUCACCUGAAGAGGGCCGAGACAAAUGUCCGUACGGCCCAAAGACGGGCUACACCGGCAUCAUCGUAGACCAGGAGAUGUACACCGCUUCCCAGUACGAGUUUAGAAGCUUCCCGGACAUCCGCCGAAACUCUCCGUCUCCAACGCUCAAGACGGAGGAUGCGCCCACGCGAUGGUUGAACGAAGCCAGCUUUGUGGGCUCGGCGUUGGUGAGGGAGAGCUUGAGCAGCAGCAGCAGCGCGGGCGACGACGACAAGAUCUACUACUUCUUCACCGAGGGGAGCCUGGAGCAGACGGGCACCUCCACCCACGGCAGGGUGGCGCGAGUGGCACGGAUUUGCAAGGGGGACCGAGGGGGCCGCCUAACUCUCCAAAAGCGCUGGACAUCCUUUCUCAAGGCCAGGAUGACGUGCUCCCUGCCCGAGUACGACUUCCACUUCAACGAGCUGCGCAGCGUGUUCGUCAUGCCCGGCGACACGCCGCGGGACACGCUCUUCUACGGCGUCUUCGGCCUGGGCUGGAAGAACAUAAAGGCGUCUGCGUUGUGUCGCUUCUCGCUGUCUGACGUCCAAGAGGCCUUCCAAGGACCUUACAUGGAGAACCAGGACUCUAACUGGAAGGAGUACACUGGAAAGAUCCCAGACCUGCGACCUGGAACGUGUAUCAGCGACGCUUUGAGGGCCAAGGGCAUCAACAUGUCCACCUCCCUGCCUGAUGACGUGCUCAACUUUGUACGAAGACACCCGUUGAUGUCCCGCCAUGUCCAGGCUUUAGACCGCCGCCCCCUGUUGUUCAGGAGGACCACAGAUUACACCCACCUGGCCGUGAACGCCGUCCAAGGCUUGGAUGGACAAAAAUACCACGUGUUGUACAUGGGAACAGAUGAAGGCUGGUUGCACAAGGCCGUGCACGUGGAGGGUCAGCUGCACAUUAUCGAGGAGCUGCAGCUGUUUCAGGAACCGCAGCCAGUGGACAAUGUGUUGAUCUCUGCAAAACAGAUGAGCGUUUACAUCGGCUCUCCCUCCGGCGUGGUGCAGCUCCCCCUCUCCAAUUGCCGGAGGUACACUUCCUGCUACGACUGCAUCUUUGCCAGGGACCCUCACUGCGCCUGGAGCGGAACCCACUGCGUGGACAUCGUGGCGUACUCAGACAGGUCCACCUUAAUCCAGGACAUCCAGCAGGGCAACAGGGGCUGCAACAACACUCAAGUCGAUGUCGUCAUGCGCAGUCGGUUCGUGCGAGUCGGCGACGACGUGCUGCUGCAGUGCGAGCUCAGCUCCAACCUGGCCGCGCCCUUUUGGACCCUGGACGCCUACGAGCUGCGCGGCUACGGCCUCAACUCCGGGUUCAGGACCGGCACGGACGGCCUGCUCCUCAUCGAGGCCCGGCAGGACCAGAGCGGCCUGUACGCCUGCUACUCUGUGGAGAAUGAAGUCAAGGUCGCCGUGGUUACCUACAACGUCACCAUUGGUCCGGACUCGCCGCCGCCGCCGCCCUCUCCGGCUGAGCCAAAUGACGGCCGGCGCCGCCGACCUAUCAGCGCACAUUUUCCCACGGCGCCGCCUUCAUCCAGGGGGCCUUUAGAUGGGCCCUCGGUCCCCCUUCUCCCCCACUCCAAGCUGAUCUCCUCCAAGAGCAUGGAGGUCUUGUACUUGUCCCUCAUCACCAUCCUGGGCAGCCUGUGCGUGGUUCUGGCCGUGGUGCUGGUCUACAUGGGCUACUGCCUGCGAGUGGGCCAACGAGGGAAGUACUCGCUACGGGCCGCUGCCGCGACCUACCCGUGCAGCAAGAGAAGCAGCAGGAGCAAGAAGCAGCAGCGAAACUCCGCCUUCAUGGAGCUGAAGACCAUUUCCAGCCACUGGAACGGACACGGCGGCCAUAACGGCGUUUCCAGACGUCCUAACGGCGACGUCUACGACGGCGGCUCCCUCCAAAUCGUCCCCGGUGAAGCUUACACCUCCCCCCUCCCCCCGGCCCCUCCCCUGCCACCCACCCCGCCGCUCCCCUCCCCCGAGUGCAGCUUCCCCAACGGGCUGUCGGCCACGCUGCCCAGCGUCCUGCGCAGGAUGAACGGCAACAGCUACGUGCUGCUCAGGCAAAACGACUCGGAGAGCAAAUUUGCCGACGAGCUCAACAGGAUCUUGGAGCGGCGCAAACAACUGGAGCCCCGGCCGGACGAGAGCUCCGUGUAGAGCUCCCCCUGGUGGUGGGAGGACUGUGGCGUCGCAACAUAACCUUGGAGGGGAGAGAGCUUCUUUGCACUCAAACGUCCAAAAACAUGUGAAAAUAAGAAAUGGCCGUGAAAAGCUUUUCUACCUCACCUCAUUUGUACCCCGACCGUCACGUGCGGCCUUGAGCGAGGAGAAAACAGAAAUACACGUGAAGACUUCCAUAUUUGGCUCGGCUCACUGUGGAGAGCAGCUAGCCAAAGUGCAAAGAUGGUCUAUGCAUUUUUAAACCUGUCAUUCACACUUUUCCUUACUUUUUCCAAGCAUUGUUUUCACUAACUUAACACUCAGUCCCUCUCUAAGAUUUUUAAUAUUAACUCGCAGAAAAACACCUUGUUUCUUUACAACUCAUUCAUCCAGAAUAUGAAGUAAUACAGUGUGCCAUCACAAUAAGAAAGCCUUAAUUAACAAAUUAAAGGGAACUUUUUAAAUAAAGAUACAGUUAGAUCAGGGGUGUCAAACGUACCGCCCGGUUUUAUCGGCCCGCGGGAUAAGAUCGCUAAGUACAAAAAUGAAAGAAACUGCUGUUCUAAAUUUGUCCACUAGAUGUCGCAAUAGUAAUGCGGACGUUGUACCGAUCCGUUGUGGUGAAGAAGGAGCUGAGCCGGAAGGCAAAGCUCUCAAUUUGGGUCAUGACCGAAAGGAUAAGAUCACGGGCACAAGCGGCCCAAAUGAGUUUCCAGGUCUCUUCCUUAGAGAUAGGGUGAGAAGCUCUGCCAUCCGGGAGGAACUCAAAGUAAAGCCGCUGCUCCUCCACAUGGAGAGGAGCCAGAUGAGGUGGUUCGGGCAUCUGGUCAGGAUGCCACCCGAACGCCUCCCUAGGGAGGUGUUUAGGGCACGUCCAACCGGUAGGAGGCCACGGGGAAGACCCAGGACACGUUGGGAAGACUAUGUCUCCCGGCUGGCCUGGGAACGCCUCGGGAUCCCCCGGGAAGAGCUGGACGAAGUGGCUGGGGAGAGGGAAGUCAAAAAAAACCCAAAAAACACAAGUUAGUGCACAGGUCGAGUAAAAUGAGGAAACUACAUAAAUAAGUAAAAAAAAAAAAAAAAAAAAAAAACACAAGUUAGUGCACAGGUCGAGUAAAAUGAGCAAACUACAUAAAUAAGUAAAAAAAAAAAUAAACAAGUUAGUGCACGGGUCGAUUAAAAUGAGCAAACUACAUAAGUAAAAAAAAAAAAAAAAACACAAGUUAGUGCACAGGUCGAGUAAAAUGAGCAAACUACAUAAAUAAGUAAAAAAAAAAACAAUAAACACAAGUUAGUGCACAGGUCGAGUAAAAUGAGCAAACUACAUAAAUAAGUAAAAAAAAAACCCAAAAAACACAAGUUAGUGCACAGGUCGAGUAAAAUGAGGAAACUACAUAAAUAAGUAAAAAAAAAAAAAAAAAACACAAGUUAGUGCACAGGUCGAGUAAAAUGAGCAAACUACAUAAAUAAGUAAAAAAAACACAAGUUAGUGCACAGGUCGAGUAAAAUGAGCAAACUACAUAAGUCAAAAUAAAAAAACACAAGUUAGUGCACAGGUCGAGUAAAAUGAGCAAACUACAUAAAUAAGUCAAAAAAAAAACCCAAAAACACAAGUUAGUGCACAGGUCGAGUAAAAUGAGGAAACUACAUAAAUAAGUAAAAAAAAAAAAAAACACAAGUUAGUGCAAAGGUCGAGUAAAAUGAGCAAACUACAUAAAUAAGUCAAAAUAAAAAAACACAAGUUAGUGCACAGGUCGAGUAAAAUGAGCAAACUACAUAAAUAAGUCAAAAAACACAAGUUAGUGCAAAGGUCGUGUAAAAUGAGCAAACUACAUAAAUAAGUCAAAAAAAAAAAAAAAAACACAAGUUAGUGCACAGGUCGAGUAAAAUGAGGAAACUACAUAAAUAAGUAAAAAAAAAACAAAAAAAAAAACAAGUUAGUGCACAGGUCGAGUAAAAUGAGGAAACUACAUAAAUAAGUAAAAAAAAAAAAAAAAACACAAGUUAGUGCACAGGUCGGGUAAAAUGAGCAAACUACAUAAAUAAGUCAAAGAAAACCCAAAAAACACAAGUUAGUGCACAGGUCGAGUAAAAUGAGGAAACAACAUAAAUAAGUAAAAAAAAAAAAAAAAAAAAACACAAGUUAGUGCACAGGUCGAGUAAAAUGAGCAAACUACAUAAAUAAGUAAAAAAAACACAAGUUAGUGCACAGGUCGAGUAAAAUGAGCAAACUACAUAAAUAAGUAAAAAAAAAAAAAAAAACACAAGUUAGUGCACAGGUCGAGUAAAAUGAGCAAACUACAUAAAUAAGUAAAAAAAAAAAAAAAACACAAGUUAGUGCACAGGUCGAGUAAAAUGAGCAAACUACAUAAAUAAGUAAAAAAAAAAAAAAAAAACACAAGUUAGUGCACAGGUCGAGUAAAAUGAGGAAACUACAUAAAUAAGUAAAAAAAAAAAAAAAAAACACAAGUUAGUGCACAGGUCGAGUAAAAUGAGGAAACUACAUAAAUAAGUAAAAAAAAAAACAAAAACACAAGUUAGUGCACAGGUCGAGUAAAAUGAGGAAACUACAUAAAUAAGUAAAAAAACAACAAAAAACACAAGUUAGUGCACAGGUUGAGUAAAAUGAGCAAACUACAUAAAUAAGUAAAAAAAAAAAUAAUAAUAAAAAACAAGUUAGUGCACAGGUCGAGUAAAAUGAGCAAACUACAUAAAUAAGUAAAAAAAAAACCAAAAAACACAAGUUAGUGCACAGGUCGAGUAAAAUGAGCAAACUACAUAAAUAAGUCAAAAAACACAAGUUAGUGCAAAGGUCGAGUAAAAUGAGCAAACUACAUAAAUAAGUAAAAAAAAAAAAAAAAAACACAAGUUAGUGCACAGGUCGAGUAAAAUGAGCAAACUACAUAAGUCAAAAAAACACAAGUUAGUGCAAAGGUCGAGUAAAAUGAGCAAACUACAUAAGUAAAAAAAAAACCAAAAAACACAAGUUAGUGCACAGGUCGAGUAAAAUGAGCAAACUACAUAAAUAAGUCAAAAAACCCCAAAAAACACAAGUUAGUGCACAGGUCGAGUAAAAUGAGCAAACUACAUAAAUAACAUCCUGUAAUUUGAUUUUAAUAUUUUUUUUAUCUUGAUGGACUGAAAAUUGAUGAACAUGAUCAGAUAAUUUAUUCAGAAAGUAUAAAUAACGACAAAUAAAAAUAAAAUACUAUUAACCGCAACGUGUAAGUGUAACCUACUCAGUGGCCUAGUGGUUAAAGUGUCCGUCCUGAAAUCGGUAGGUUGUGAGUUCAAACCUCGGCCGAGUCAUACCAAAGACUAUAAAAAUGGGAGCCAUCACCUCCCUGCUUGGCAUUAAGGAUUGGAAUUGGGGGUUAAAUCACCGCUGCUGCUCACUGCUCCCCUCACCUCCCAGGGGGUGAACAAGGGUGAUGGGUCAAAUGCAGAGAAUAAUUUUGCCACAUCUAGUAUGUUUGUGACAAUUAUUACUACUUUAACUUUAAAUUUAAAAAAAAACACAACAACAUUAUGAUUUGUGCAUUUUCACAUUUCAGAAUGUACUUGUUCCAUUUUUAAACAAAAGAAAACAUUAUGAAGUUGUCUUUAUUUUUAAGUUAUCGUGCUGUGAUUUUACCAGUCCGGCCCAUGUGGGAGUAGAUUAUUCACCCUGUGGCCCCCCAUCUAAAAUGCGUUUGACACCCCUUAGUUAGAUACUAAUAUUUUUACACUAUCUGUAGAAAAAAAAAAAUAUCUGAGGACUGAAGUCUCUAAUAACUGAAAUGCCAAAAUGCAUUUGGUGUGUUGAUUGUUUUUUUAUUAACAAGCGAAACAAAGACAAAAACAAUUAUUUCAUAAUUAUAGUGUUACCCUGUUUGAAACAUGUCAGUGUUAUAAUGGUUGCUAAAUUAACAACCCCGGUUUGAAAGUCAGUGGAUCCCACAAAGGACUUGGACACUGGAUUAUAAAAUGGACUUUUGGAACCAGAAGGACAACACGGACCUCCGCCCCCCCUGUCAGGAUCACAUAUAUUGAUCAGGGAUGGCUACUAAACUCUGUACUUUUAUGGAGAAUAACCACGUCUACUGAGUGCAGGUUCAUGCCAAUUUAAGGUACCGAAUUUUAAAACCGGGUUGGGUGUGACGUCACGCCCGGUUACAGGCAGCAAGACAUCAGGCACUCCUUCGAGUCAAUCUUACUAUUCUCCCUUCCAACAAAGCAAGUAUACCUGAUAGAAAGUACUCCAAAGUAUGGCUGCCAGAAAACACUGAAACAUACAGCAAGGUUCCACUUUUCAAGCUUGCUCGAUGCUAAUUUACAUUGUGUGGAAGUCGCUUCCUAUCAGUUCCACACAGCAGUUCUAACAUAGUUUUAAUGUGGAUGUAUUUUUGUCCAAGUCUUUCUCCAGUAGAACGUGACUUUUCAGUCACGUCCGUAUCCUCUCUCCCCUCCUGUUCCCGGCCGUUUACUGUUAAAGACAACCGAGGAUUAGAUUAACAAGUACCACCUGUGAAAUCUAAUCACCUGCCAGCUGUGUCUCGCCGUCAGCCCAAGCCCCGCCCACCUAGCCGAUGAUGCUCGUCCUCAGGACCACAGACCAGGGAACCUGUGGCUCUUUUUGAUGACUGCAUCUUGCUCUCGGAUAAAUCUUAGCUGACAUUGCUUAACAUGACAACUAAUGAAUCAUUCCGCUGGUAAUCACGUUCAAAAUAUAAAACAUUCUCAUGCAUUUUAAUCCAUCCAUCCGUUUUUCUACCGCACCUGUUCAAGAAAUAAUGUUAUUAAAAAGAACUAGACUUAUUAUACUAUUAAAAAUGUUGAUUUUACUUAAAAAAUGCAUGCAUUUAGUUGUAUUCAGUGUUAAAAAAAUGUAUGGCUCUCAAAGAAAUAUAUUUUAAAAUAUUUGGCUUUCAUGGCUUUCUCAGACAAAAAAGGUUCCCGACCCCUGCCAUAGACAGAGGCGGUGACCUUUGCUCCUGCAGGCGCGCUGGCCACACCUCCCUACACAACAUGCUACUGGUUAGCAUUAGCAAUGUUUAAAUGUUCAAAUGCCUCCAAAUUUGGUAACUUAAAACUAUAACUAAGAUGCCCGUUAAGUACGAUACUUAACGUGUAAACAUUUUGUAGGGUUUAACUUAAGGCUAGCUCAUUCAACUUAAUGCUAAUGAACCAAUGCUACUGGAUAGCACAAUGUUAAAUAGUAAAACAUGCAGUUUAUUAUUUAGCAAAUGUAAAAUAUUCCACCACACAAACAGUAGGGACGAAUUUAGGAUUGAAUAAGAUCUAGCUAGGGCUAAGCCAUCCAUCCAUCCAUCCAUCCAUCAUCUUCCACUUAUCCGAGGUCGGGUCGCGGGGGCAGCAGCCUAAGCAGGGAAACCCAGACUUCCCUCUCCCCAGCCACUUCGUCUAGCUCUUCCCGGGGGAUCCCGAGGCGUUCCCAGGCCAGCCGGGAGACAUAGUCUUCCCAACGUGUCCUGGGUCUUCCCCCGUGGCCUCCUACCGGUUGGACGUGCCCUAAACACCUCCCUAGGGAGGCGUUCGGGUGGCAUCCUGACCAGAUGCCCGAACCACCUCAUCUGGCUCCUCUCGAUGUGGAGCAGCGGCUUUACUUUGAGUUCCUCCCGGAUGGCAGAGCUUCUCACCCUAUCUCUAAGGGAGAGACCCAAACUCAUUUGGGCCGCUUGUACCCGUGAUCUUAUCCUUUCUGUCAUGACCCAAAGCUCAUGACCAUAGGUGAGGAUGGGAACGUAGAUCGACCGGUAAAUUGAGAGCUUUGCCUUCCGGCUCAGCUCCUUCUUCACCACAACGGAUCGAUACAACGUCCGCAUUACUGAAGACGCCGCACCGAUCCGCCUGUCGAUCUCACGAUCCACUCUUCCCUCACUCGUGAACAAGACUCCUAGGUACUUGAACUCCUCCACUUGGGGCAGGGUCUCCUCCCCAACCCGGAGAUGGCAUUCCACCCUUUUCCGGGCGAGAACCAUGGACUCGGACUUGGAGGUGCUGAUUCUCAUUCCGGUCGCUUGUACCCGUGAUCUUAUCCUUUCGGUCAUGACCCAAAGCUCAUGACCAUAGGUGAGGAUGGGAACGUAGAUCGACCGGUAAAUUGAGAGCUUUGCCUUCCGGCUCAGCUCCUUCUUCACCACAACGGAUCGGUACAACAUCCGCAUUACUGAAGACGCCGCACCGAUCCGCCUGUCGAUCUCACGAUCCACUCUUCCCUAACUCGUGAACAAGACUUUUAUGUAGUUGAACUCCUCCACUUGGGGCAGGGUCUCCUCCCCAACCCGGAGAUGGCAUUCCACCCUUUUCCGGGCGAGAACCAUGGACUCGGACUUGGAGGUGCUGAUUCUCAUUCCGGUCGCUUGUACCCGUGAUCUUAUCCUUUCGGUCAUGACCCAAAGCUCAUGACCAUAGGUGAGGAUGGGAACGUAGAUCGACCGGUAAAUUGAGAGCUUUGCCUUCCGGCUCAGCUCCUUCUUCACCACAACGGAUCGGUACAACGUCCGCAUUACUGAAGACGCCGCACCGAUCCGCCUGUCGAUCUCACGAUCCACUCUUCCCUAACUCGUGAACAAGACUCCUAGGUACUUGAACUCCUCCACUUGGGGCAGGGCUAAGCCAAGAUGUUUUUUUGUCAAAUUUUAAAAUAACUUACAAAUUUUUAGGCUAUGUUUUAAUCAGGCACUACUAUUAUUAUCCUGGCUUGUUUGUAACAUCUUUACAUUACGAACAGAAGUUAAUAUUCGGCAAAGCAGCAGAGUAACAUCCAACACCCGUUUACUCGUAAUACUUUUUUGUUUUAUAAACAAAUAUUUUUUCUGAAUGUUCAUUUUUACAGUUUUCUCAUGGCUUCUUCUUCACAGGAGGCUCAGGCAGGCUACUUUAUGCAACUGCUGCCUCUCUGUUGGACUCCGGUACUGCAUGAGAGACCGAUUCCCAGGUACCAGGAAUUGGUUCUGUAUGGAUUCAAAGGUGAAAGGUACUCAUCCCUGACAUUGACUUUCUUGUCAUUGCAACUGUUUUACUCUCUUCUGACACUUUCUUCUUGGUUAAUGUUUACACAUUAUUGCAAUAACGCCUCUAAGCCCACCAUUACUUCUUCGUCGACGGUAUGUUUGAUUCCUGUCAAAGUGAAGCCACUUUCACGAGGUGUCAGGUUUGAAAAGGUGCGCUCUCGGCGAGGCCCGACGUUUGAAGCUCAAGAGCUCUCCCGUCAGUAGUCGUGAUCAAAGCGAUGGAAGAUGGCGGACCGAGCUGCGCUCUUCACACAUUAAACGCCUUCAUUAGAGCGCUUCCGCCUCAUUUGGAAGGCGGCCCGACAACACCGCUGAGCUGCUUUGGAGUUGUCGGCUUUUGCUGGGAGACAGAUCCAAGGUCUUUGUAUUUUCUCCAAUUGUCUCCCUUAAUCCUCCGAAUGUAAUCCCCUGCAAGCGUCUGGCGGUACAAGUCACUGUCCAGACGUAGUGUGCACGCCCCUUUCACACUGCCCAUAAAACCCGGCGUUUUACUGGUGUCAUUUGGUCUGUAUGAAAGGCACCGGCACAGAAUAGUUUAGCAGGCAAAAUCCAUAUAAAAUGUUCUGCCUUUUAAUGUAGUAUCAGAAGCUUCUUUCUUGCUGCUCGCAGAAGCCGUCAUUGGUGUUCUGUAUGAACACAGAAGUUGACCCGGCAAUUUUCCACCUUUGGAUGUCGGUGCCUUUCUUUAUCAGAGGCUAGACUUACUUGCCCUAAGCCCAAUGUUGCUCCUCAACAAGUAUCGUAUGCGUGAGGCCAAAUGUUGACAUCUAACAAUGUGAGAUUGGUUCUGUACAAAAGGCAAAAUUGAGUAAAAUUAUGUUUGUUGUAUUGAUUUUUCUUGAAAAGACAGUAAACAGAUUUCGGGAUGUUUUCCUGCUUUGUGACAGCAUACAAAGUUGCAACUCUAACCUGUUUUUUGGUUCUUUGUGUGACGCCAUAUGUUGACAUCUAAUUAUGUGAUUGGUUCUGUACAACAGACACAAUUGAGUAAAUGGUGAAGUGAAGUGAAUUAUAUUUAUAUAGCGCUUUUCUCAAGUGACUCAAAGCGCUUUACAUAGUGAAACCCAAUAUCUAAGUUACAUUCAAACCAGUGUGGGUGGCACUGGGAGCAGGUGGGUAAAGUGUCUUGCCCAAGGACACAACGGCAGUGACUAGGAUGCCAGAAGCGGGGAUCGAACCUGCAACCCUCAAGUUGCUGGCACGGCCACUCUACCAACCGAGCUAUACCGUCCCGGAUAAAUGGUGUGUUUGUUGUAUUGAUUUUUCUAGUAAAACACGGUAAACGAUCAGAUUUCGGGAUGUUUUCCUGCUUUGUGACAGCAUACAAAGUUGCAACACUAUCCUGUUUUUUGGUUCUGUGCGUGACGAUAGGUUCUGUACAAAAGGCACAAUUGAGUAAAAUUGUGUUUGUUGUAUUGAUUUUUCUUGAAAAGACAGUAAACAGAUUUUGGGAUGUUUUCCUGCUUUGUGACAGCAUACAAAGUUGCAACAUUAUCCUGUUUUUUGGUUCUGUGCGUGACGCCAUAUGUUGACAUUUAAUAAUGUGAUUGGUUCUGUACAAAAGGCAAAAUUGAGUAAAAUUAUGUGUUUGUUGUAUUGAGUUUUCUUGAAAAGACAGUAAACAAUCAGAUUCCGGGAUGUUUUCCUGCUUUGUGACAGCAUACAAAGUUGCAACACUAUCCUGUUUUUUGGUUCUGUGCGUGACGCCAUAUGUUGACAUCUAAUAAUGUGAUUGGUUCUGUACAACAGGCACAAUUGAGUAAAUGGUGUGUUUGUUGUAUUGAUUUUUCUUGAAAGGACAGUAAACAAUCAGAUUUCGGGAUGUUUUCCUGCUUUGUGACAGGAUAGAAAGUUGCAACACUAUCCUGUUUUUUGGUUCUGUGCGUGACGCCAUAUGUUGACAUCUAAUAAUGUGAUUGGUUCUGUACAACAGGCAAAAUUGAGUAAAAUUAUGUUUGUUGUAUUGAUUUUUCUUGAAAAGACAGUAAACAGAUUUUGGGAUGUUUUCCUCCUUUGUGACAGCAUACAAAGUUGCAACACUAUCCUGUUUUUUGGUUCCGUGCGUGACGCCAUAUGUUGACAUCUAAUUGUGUGAUAGGUUCUGUACAACAGGCACAAUUGAGUAAAUGGUGUGUUUGUUGUAUUGAUUUUUCUAGUAAAACACAGUAAACGACUGGAUUGCGGGAUUUAAGGCUGCUGUGUGACAGCUUACAAAGUUGCAACACUACCCUGAUUUCUGGUUCUUUCCGUGACGUCAUAUGUUGACAUCUAUGUGAUUGGUUCUGUACAACAGGCACACUUGAGUAAACGGUGUGUUUGUUGUAUUGAUUUUUCUUGAAAGGACAGUAAACAAUCAGAUUUUGGGAUGUUUUCCUGCUUUGUGACAGCAUAGAAAGUUGCAACACUAUCCUGUUUUUAGGUUCUGUGCGUGACGCCAUAUGUUGACAUCUAAUUAUGUGAUGGGUUCUGUACAAAAGGCAAAAUUGAGUAAAAUGAUGUGUUUGUUGUAUUGAUUUUUCUUGAAAAGACAGUAAACAGAUUUUGGGAUGUUUUCCUGCUUUGUGACAGCAUACAAAGUUGCAACACUAUCCUGUUUUUUGGUUCUGUGCGUAACGCCAUAUGUUGACAUCUAAUAAUGUGAUGGGUUCUGUACAACAGGCACAAUUGAGUAAAUGGUGUGUUUGUUGUAUUGAUUUUUCUGGUAAAACACAGUAAACGACUGGAUUGCGGGAUUUAAGGCUGCUGUGUGACAGCUUACAAAGUUGCAACACUACCCUGAUUUUUGGUUCUUUCCGUGACGUCAUAUGUUGACAUCUAUGUGAUUGGUUCUGUACAACAGGCACACUUGAGUAAACGGUGUGUUUGUUGUAUUGAUUUUUCUGGUAAAACACAGUAAACGAUUAGAUUGCUGGAUGUAAGGCUGCUGUGUGACAGCGUACAAAGUUGCAACACUAUCCUGUUUUUUGGUUCUGUGCGUGACGCCAUAUGUUGACAUCUAAUAAUGUGAUUGGUUCUGUACAACAGGCACAAUUGAGUAAAGGGUGUGUUUGUUGUAUUGAUUUUUCUGGUAAAACACAGUAAACGAUUGGAUUGCGGGAUGUUGGGCUGCUGUGUGACGGCGUACGAAAGUUGCAACACUACCCUGUUUUCUGGUUCUGUGCAAAAGGCCAAAUGAAUAAAGGAUGGUUGUAAUAGUUUAACAAUUAUGCCGGAAUUUUUGUAGAAGCGGAUUAAUUAUCCGUUAGCAUAGAUUGUGUGAAAGUGCAUCAGUAGCUCAUUUUGUGGGAUUCUGUGUUAAACAGACGACACCUUCACCUGUGUGAAAGGUGCUAAAUUAUGUGAUAACUGGAUGCUGUUUGUUACCGCGUAUAAAGUUACAACACUAUCUUUUUUUUCGGUUCUGUGUAAAAGGCACAAAUUAAUAAAUAAGAGUUCUAUUGUUACUGCAAUUUUGAAGCAAUUCUGUAAAAGCGGUUUAAUUAUCUGUUUACAGGAUGCUGUGUGAAAAUUCAAAUAGCUGCAUCAGUACAUCAUUUUGUUCUAUAAAAGGCACAAGGGAAUACACAUCGAAUUAUGGCUUUUAUAUGACCCUUCUGUGUGAAAGGUGCUAAAUUAUGUGAUUACGGGAGGCUGUUUGUGACUGUCCACACAGUUGCAACACUAUCUUUUUUUUCGGUUCUGUGUCAAAGGCCCAAACAAAUAAAUAAGAGUUGUUUUGUUACUGCAAAUGUGCGGAAUUUCUGUAAAAGAGGUUUGAUUAUCUGUUUGCAGGAUGCUGUGUGAAAGUUCACGUCGCUGCAUCAGUACCUCAUUUUGUUGCAUAAAAGGCACAGGGGGAUAAACACCGAAUUAGGGCUUUGAUCUGACCUUUCUGUGUGAAAGGUGCUAAAUUAUUGGAUUGCGGGAUAUGGUUUCGCUGUUUGAAAGUACAAUCACAGUCAUUAUUCCAUUUUGUCGGUUUCUGUGAUAAAAGGCAAAUCUUUUUACUAUUUUGUGUCAUCUCUGUGAAAGAAGCCUAAUUAUCCUCUUCCAGGAUGCCGUGUUGCUGUGUGAAAGUUCUCUCAUCUGCAUCAGUAGCUCAUUUGGUUGGGUUAAGUUAAAAAAAAAGCACUGGUAAACAGAAAAUAUUUUGAACUAUGGCUUACGAGACUUCUGUAUUAAGAUGUUAAAUUAUUUAAUUGUGGGAUGUUUCUCUGUGUGCAAGUGCAGCUGCAGUAACACCAAUACUCCAUUUUGCUGGGUUCUCUGAUAAAAGCUGCAUUGCAGCUGUGAUAUGGCAAGUUUGUGUCAUCUCUGCGUAAAAAGAGGCUUAAUUAUCCGAUUGCAAGAUAGCGUGUUGCUGUGUGAAAGCGCUCACAGUUGCAGCAAUAUCCCAUUUCGCGGGUUUCUGUGUGACUGGCGCUGGCAAAAGAAUGCCGGCUCUCUCAAUUUAGGGGAACCUCCUUAGGAAUAACGCUGGAUCAUCUGAUUUACAAAGUGGCGCACUGCUGUGUGAAAGCUCUCAUGGUAGCAGUAACAUCAAGAGGUUUAAACGGAACAAAUAAUGAAUAAUCAUCUCUCAAACUGUGCGUGGAAUUCACGCACAAAUAAAUAAACCUGCGUUUUAUUCCACUAAAUAGCUUUUCUUUUUAUAGCUCCAAGACAGUUUUCCGUCUCUGUUGUGUGCGUCCGCAAGAUAAGACCUCAGCUAUUCUGAUACGGCUCACAGUUGCGGCAAUAUUUGCCAUUUUUUGCUGGAUAUAAGUGAUAAAAAGUCUUAAUAGUUGUUGUAAAAUGUAUUUAUUUAGUACUUUUUGUGAGAACAAGCGUUCACCGAGGGCUCCGAGUUGGCUUUAUGUCAGUCAAUGCACGAGACGUCUCCCACACACUUUUAAUGUUGACAAACUACUCACGGAAAGUUGAUGUUUUCUCUUGUUGUGCAUGUUACACCUCGCUCACCUUUUUUCACUGCGAUCGGCUUUAAAUAAACUUUGUACUUCUA